AUGGCAAGACCAAUUAUACCUAAAAUAAUCACUGAUGAACAAGCAGAUGAUACAUUACCACUAACAUGUAUGAUUGAAACUUCACAACUUGUUGAUGGACAUGGGGAAUAUUCUAUUCGAGUUAUACGUGCUUUACAUGAUCCAACAAGUUCAUGGCUUGUAAUUCGACGUUUUAGAGAAUUUGACGAUCUCAAUAAUAUUUUAAAAGAAUUUGGUUUUGAUCUGGACUUACCUAAAAAGAAACUUCUUGGAAGAACUGAUCGAACAUUUAUGGCUGAAAGACAAAAAGGUCUUCAACUAUUUCUCGAUACACUUGUUCAACAAUUUGAAUUAUGUAAUUCAUUAGUUGUACAACGUUUUCUUGAUCCAGAAAAUCAUACAUUAAACUAUUCAGAAUUAGCCUUACAAGCCGUAUCGAUGUUUAUUCGUUCAACUAAUAAUAUGUAUCAAAUUGUUGAACAACUUCAUGAUUUUGGAUGGCGUUAUAAUAAAAGUUAUUUCCUAGCAACAAAAACUGGAUCACCAAAAGAUGAUCGUUAUCUUUUAUCAUGGUGUCAUUAUGGAUUAGAUAAAGCAUUUGGAGAAAAAGAGAUUACCAAUUGUUUAAAAUUAUUAAAAUCAAUUUCUCAUCCACUUCUUGUUCCAAUUGAUGAUAUUUAUGCUAAUGAAAAUGGUACACUUAGUGUAUAUCGAUUCUAUAAUAAAGGUUCAUUAAAAGAUUAUAUACAUCAGACAAAACCAAUAAAUGGUGCAUAUUGGAAACGAUACGGUCGAAAAACAGCGACUCGAGGUUGUGAUGUGAACCAAAUUAAACAAUUUGGUCGUUUAAUCUUAGAAGGAUUGCAUUUUUUAUAUGACAAUGGUCUUGCUUAUGGACAUUUACAUUCAGGGAAUAUUAUCUUUGAUCUCGAACAAGCUUUACCAAUUAAAUUACUUGAUAUUGCUAAUGCAAUUACUGGUAUAUCAUCGAAAUAUCGUUGUUAUACAUGCAAUCUAAAACAAAUUCAUACACUUGAACAAUGUGAUGUUUAUGCUUUCGGUCGAAUUUUAUAUGAAUUAUCAACGGGAAAUGAAUGUCCAACAAGUGUUACUAUACAAUUUCCUAAUUCAGUACCAAUACCAGUUCAACAUGUUCUUUUGACAAUUUUUGCACCAACAGGAGAUUUACCAACAAUUCAACAACUUUUAGAUGAUUCUUUCUUUCAAGUACCAACUUUGAAUAAUAAUGAACGAUUCCAGAUCAAAUUAAGUCCAAAAGCAAAAGACGCAUUUGAACAAAUUAAGCGAGCGGCACAAAAUAGAUUACAAGGCGAACAAACUGCAAUCAAAAAUGCGCAACGUCGUACAAAACUUACAAAUCAUCUUAUGUCUGAUGAAGAAAGACUUCGACGACGUAAAGAAAAACAAUUAAAAGCACUUGGACAAACUUUCGAUGCAAAUACAAAUCCACAAGGCUCAUCAAAACUUUUACAACGUUCAGUUAGUGUCGAUCCAUUACAAUUAUCUACUGAUAGAUCAGCAUCAAGAAGAAUUUUAACACCAAAUAUAAGUGUUGAUAUACCUGAAGUUUCACAAACACCACCAGCACCACGUCCACCUCCAAUGGCAGUAGGAGGACCUCCUCCGCCACCACCACCACCACCACCGCCACUAACUAUGGCAGCACCUCCUCCUCCUCCAGCUGCUGCUAGCGGUGAUCGUUCACAAUUAUUAGGUGACAUUGGUAGUUUUAGUACUGCUAAACUAAAGAAAGCCAAAACUAAUGAUCGUAGUGCACCGAAAUUCAAAUAA